AUGACAUUCGGUGAUUCCACACCACCAACACCGCAUAGGGCACUGAUAAUGUCAUUUGACAACAACAACACAUCUAGCACCACAACUACACCCUUAGCAAAAGCCUGCACGAGCACCACGCCACGAGCACAAUCGCCUGACAUUACAACAAUGCUGCCCUCAUCAUUGACGAUGGCGAUGAGGAAAUCAUCAGUAACAUCCACAUCAACACCUGCAACUACACCCUCAUUGACAUCAGUAACACCAUCGCCAUCAGCACUAUCGUCAUCUUCCUUAUCGUCACUAUCACAAAUCACAACAACAAUGCACUCAGAUACAUUAUCACAGACGAUGGUACUUUUGGGUACGCAGCAACAGCAACAAUCUCACACCACCAACGCGGCAAGUGGCACACAAAAGACACCAAACCAAAAAACCAAGACCAAAAGCCUAACAAAAUCGCUUACACCAGAUACAAUUGGCAAAACAUGCUCCAAAAAGCAUUGUAUGUCAUGUUGCGCUUGCCAUAGCCAGGAGUUGCAGUCAGCAGAGCAUCUGAAAGGAAGCGCAAAAUCAAAAUUGAAAUCCAACUUGAAAUCGCAAUCGAAAAAAAUGCUUAAGCAAACAUGCGAAAAUUGUACAAAAAAAUGCACUAAUAAAAAUCACACCAAAAACGUACGCAUCAACAACAGCACCACCACAGUAACCGCCACCAAUACCGAUAAUGUAUUUAAUUUCUAUGACACCGGCUGGAGUUCGUCUCACCAAAAAGUGCAC